UAGUUACUCGCUUUUGCUAAACCUUGAACCAAACUGAUUCUCACUCUUUCUCUCUGCAUCCAACAAUUCCUCACAAAUGGAUCUCAUCAACCAAUACUCAGAUGACCAAAACGACGACGACCCAAACCCUAACCCGCCGGAGGCGGCUGAGAAGGAGGGAGAUUCCUCCCCGCCCCGCCUCCUCCCCGCCCGUUCCGCCGCCCCCAAGGUAGACGACACCAUGCUGGCCCUCACCGUCGCCGACAAGAAAACCCUCUCCAAACCCAUCGACCCUACCCAGCACGCCAUCGCCUUCAACCCUACCUACGACCAGCUCUGGGCACCCAUCCAGGGCCCUGCCCAUCCCUACGCCAAGGAUGGCAUCGCACAAGGCAUGCGCAACCACAAGCUCGGCUUCGUCGAAGACGCCUCCGUUGAACCCUUCCUAUUCGAUGAACAGUACAACACCUUUCACAAGUUCGGCUACGCUGCGGAUCCGUCUGCUUCCAAUUAUGUUGGUGAUCUCGACGCGCUUAACCGGAACAAUGCGGCGUCUGUCUACAACAUCCCCCACCGCGAGCAGAAGAAGCGGAGGAUCGAGGCCAAAAAGAAUAAGGAAGAAGGAGAUAGUGACAAUGAGGGUGAUGGUGAGGGCGGAGAGAUUGAAAACCCGGCUACCGAUGCGUGGUUGUUGAAGAAUAAGAAGAGCCCUUGGGCGGGGAAGAAGGAAGGGUUGCAGGGUGAGCUGACGGAGGAUCAGAAGAAGUACGCGGAAGAGUAUGCGAAGAAGAAAGAGGACGAGAAGAGUGGGUUUGGAGGGGAGAAGGCUGAGGUUGUUAAGGAUAAGAGCACUUUCCAUGGGAAGGAGGAGAGGGAUUACCAGGGUAGGUCUUGGAUUGCAGCUCCGAAAGAUGCAAAGAAGAAUAAUGAUCAUUGUUACAUACCAAAGAGAUUGGUUCACACGUGGAGUGGGCAUACGAAGGGGGUUUCCGCGAUUCGGUUCUUCCCCAAGUCUGGACAUUUGAUUCUGUCUGCCAGCAUGGAUACCAAGGUUAAGAUUUGGGAUGUUCUCAAUUCUGGGAAAUGUAUGAGGACUUACAUGGGACACUCAAAAGCGGUUCGGGAUAUUUGUUUCAGCAAUGACGGGUCAAAGUUUUUGAGUGCGAGUUAUGACAAGAAUAUCAAGUAUUGGGACACAGAAACAGGGCAAGUGAUAUCCACUUUCACUACCGGGAAGAUGCCUUAUGUUGUGAGGCUUAACCCGGAUGAGGAUAAGCAGAAUGUGUUGUUGGCUGGUAUGAGUGAUAAGAAGAUUGUUCAGUGGGAUAUGAAUACGGGGCAGAUAACUCAAGAGUAUGAUCAGCAUUUGGGGGCUGUGAAUACCAUUACUUUUGUUGAUAACAAUAGAAGAUUUGUUACUUCUAGUGAUGAUAAGUCCCUCAGGGUGUGGGAGUUUGGUAUUCCUGUGGUUAUAAAGUAUAUUAGUGAGCCCCACAUGCAUUCUAUGCCGUCCAUAACGCUUCACCCGAAUGCCAAUUGGCUCGCUGCGCAGAGCUUGGAUAACCAGAUACUUAUUUAUAGCACCAGGGAGAAGUUCCAGCUUAACAAAAAGAAGAGUUUUCGUGGACAUGUCACUGGUCAUGCCUGUCAGGUCAAUUUUUCGCCCGAUGGACGCUUUGUCAUGUCAGGUGAUGGUGAUGGUAAGUGUUGGUUCUGGGAUUGGAAGAGUUGCAAAGUCUUCAGAACUCUCAAGUGUCACGAAGGUGUUUGCAUUGGUUGUGAAUGGCAUCCCCUUGAACAGAGCAAGGUUGCAACAUGCGGCUGGGAUGGAUUGAUAAAGUACUGGGACUAGAUUCUCCUGUUUAAUGAUGCAUGGUGCUGGAACCAGGUUGCAGAAGCAGGGUAGACAGACAUUGCUUGAUGACAAAAGGAGUACCAACACAUUGGAUUCACAUGUUGAUAUGGUCUUCCUUGGUUAAAUGUGCAAUGGUAUUAGUUGAAUAACAUUAGCAUGAGAUUUCUCUCCAGUGAUCAAAAUACUGAAUAUUAUGAUGGUGUCAAUGGUCAAGCAUUACGUUCUAAUUGCAGUGUUGUAGUAACAAAACAUAAAAGUUUUUGCCAUGUUUAUUAGAGAUUUUUGUACAAUAGUUAAGUAAGUUGGAUAUUCAUAUCUGGAAUCUUCUCAGUUGUGGCAGUUUAAUUACGCUUUAUGGCUGGGAUUGUUAAUACACUGGUGGGUAUUGGGUGAACAAAACCCGAUCCGGCCCAAUCAUUCGUGUAUUACCCACUUCGUCAAGAUCCAUAGAGAUUCAUUUUGCUUUGCAAUUUUUUUCACUCUGGUGAUUCGUUC